CCCUUUCUGUAGCUACCAAUAUAAGGGCCACCACCACCCAGAAGGAUCCCAGGUGACCGUGCAGGAGAACAAGGAUUCGUGAUCGUCCUCCUCCAAACCUGUGUCAGCACAAGAUGUUUCAGCUUUGGAAAUUUGUUCUCCUGUGUGGCCUGCUCACUGGGACCUCAGCGAAUGUGGUGGAGAAACUUACCGAAGCAGUGAAGCAUGGAAUAACGUUCAUACAGGUGGAGGAACCACGUGGGCGAUGUGAAAGGUCUUCUAGACCUCUUCUCACUGUGAAUCUUAUUGUCUGCAGGCCUGUCAUUAAGCAGACUGUCAAGCUGAACGCUUCCUUGGACGUCAUGGCUACACUCGAAAUUGAAACUGAUAGCAAGAGUGGUGAAAGCAGAGUGGUCAUGACAGAUUGCACCAGCGACCCAAACAGCAUCUCAAUGUCCUUCAAGGGCAAGUAAGUACCAUCCAUCUUG